AUGAAUGAUAAUCAAUUUAGCUCUAAUUUAUUAACAGAUUGUACAGGUAAUGAUUUAAAUAGACGAUAUAAAAAUGUUGAUUUUGAUUUAUUUAAUUUUUCUUCCUCAACAGCUGCAUCAAAUGAUUUGAUGACACACAGUUGCACAAGAAGUACAUCUAUUACUAAUGUAUCUAAAGAACAAUAUUGUGCGUCAGAAGAGUCAAGAAAUGACACAAAAUGUCUCAAAACUUCAACCAGUAGUAGAACUGAUACAUCAGAACAUUCUUACUUGAAUAGAUUUUGGAAUGAUGAUAAUAAUUUAUUAUCACAAAAAAAUCAAAAUGAUUUAUUACAAGAGCAAUAUGGUAAUUCAAAAAAUAACACCUUUUUACAGAAAAAUUAUAAUGAUUUGGUUUUAUUAAAUUAUCAACCUAACCAAUUAGUGACCAAUAAUGAUAUAAAUGAACCAAGUGCUGUUCAAACAGAUGCUUCAUUUAAUGUUGGUGUUUCGUCCACGAUUAAUAACACUGAAAGUAAUUUUUCUUUUAAUAAUGCUUACCAAAAUGAUAACAACGUAAAAGAUAAAAGAAAAAAAUUUAAAACUAACAAAGUAUCUAGUAUUCAAAUAAAUGGUAAUGAAAUUACAUUAAAAUCUAAAAGAAAAAGAAAAACUAAGAAAGCAACUCUAAAAAGUCAAUUUACAGCUAGCGAGCGCGAACUUUUUGAUAAAUACAAGAACACUGAAAAGAACUUUAGAAGGUUUUUUAGACUUAAAAUUAAAGAUCAAAUGCCGCAAUUUAUUAAGAAACUAGAAAUAUCUAAUCUUUCUAAUGAUUUGAAACAAAAGUCAAUUCUUGCUCUAAGAAAUCUUUUAAGUUUUUUAGAUACGAUAAGUGCAAUAAAAGUUAAUACGAGAAAAGCUAAAAAUAAGAAAGAAUUUUUAAAUUCAUUUAAUCUAGCAUUUAUUAAAUUUAGCAUGUAUACAGGUGUGUCUCAAGAACUUUUAGUUUUUAAAUUGAUUUGUAACAAUUUACAUCGUGUUGGUGAUAGCGUUUUUUGUAGUUUUUUUGGUUGUAAUUUUUAUAAAGUUAACAGGUAUCUAUUUCGCAUUGACAGAAGAUUUAAAUCAUUUAACAAUAGACUAUUAAAAUUAAGAGAAAUAUUUGAAAAAAAAUGA